AUGGCCUCCGCCGUUACGAUUUCACUUCCAUCAACGCCACCGACAUUGGGUGGGUUUGUUCCACGGCUCUCUAGUCUGACACAGACACCCGCCACCAGUAUCACCAACUUGGCGGACAGCCAUGGUGACGACACCGGAGUCGACUUGGACGAGGCAGUCCGCUUGGCUACCCUCUGCCGGCAGGCUUUCAACCUCCUUGACGUGCAGAUGCUAGACUUCAACCACUCAAAAGCCUACACUGCCGAUGAGAUACUUGCUCUGCCCAUGGACGUCCUCCGACUGCCGGAUGAGCUGCAUGGUCUCCCCCGCCGGAAAUCUGCGCGAUCUCAUCUGGCUGUGGCCAUUGCAACGCUGUUGUAUCCCGCCACCCACGACAACGCCGUGUCACCCGUCAUCCGGUACGAAGCUGCGCGGGUGAGACUGCGUGCGUGGGUCGCCCUGCAGCGGAAAUACGACAUCUUUGCCGCCACCAAACGGAACGGCCACAGCUUCCGCGGCUUGACUGGCGGCGCGGCGCCCGGCGUGCAUGCGCCUGUCUGGGCUUCCCGCAUCCUUGCUCAGGGUCCGUGGAACCCGGCCAGCUUCCCCGUCGCCCUAGCUGGCACGAAAGCCAUCCCGAUGCCCGUCGCCGUUGCCGAUAUCGCCGACUUGGCUCCCUUCUUCGACCACCUCGGGCAGGGUGGCACCCACGAGCUUGAUGAGAAGUCGGCCGGUACUGCUCUCGACGGCGGCAAGGGCGAGCCUUACUACGGCAUCAAGGCUGCCGAGUUUCCCAAAGGUGUCGUCUACGAGGACGGUCGCAUGGAUUUAUGCAAAAUGGUUGUUGGACGAGACCACAUCGGCAACCUGAUGGAUAGCUUACGGCCGAAUCCCUUUGUCCGGCACUUCCUUUUGGGCAAUAACAUCAUUGGCCCGGUUGGAGCCCAGGAGAUCGCUCGGUUCAUCCGAAAGCUCCCCGACCGUAUGGAAACUUGGUACCUGGCUGGCAAUUGCAUCGACGCCGCCAGCUUCAAGACCCUCGUCGAUGCCCUGAUCGAAUCGGAUGCAGUGACAAACGUCUGGCUGAAACGAAAUCCACUGGGCCCCGUAGCCGCUGUAGAUGUCUAUCGCCUCAUCACCGAGACAAAGAAUAUUCGCACGUUGGAUCUCGACCAGACCGAGCUCGGUGACGCCGGUGUCGCAGAGCUGUUCCACUGUCUUACCAUGUUCUCUCUUGCUGUUCCCGGCCGUAAGAAACUGCCCCUCCGCAACAUCUACCUGAACGGCAACGGAAUUUCGACCAAAGCUGCGUUGGCCAUCGCCGCUUUUCUGGAUUCGCCCGCCUGUGGCAUUACCUCGCUCUACCUGUCAUGCAACCCCUUGGGUGACGAGGGUGCGCAAGCUCUUGCUUCAGGCAUCUGCCAGGCUCCCCAACUUUCUCGGCUGUCGCUACAGUCCACCGGCCUAACAACACCUGGCGCUGUUGACGUCUUCCGGGCUGUCAAAUCACAUCCCGGCAUGCGCUUCUUGGACGUUGGCCAGGCGUAUGCGACCGUUGACCUUGGUCAGGCGUGGAACUAUAUUGAUAGUGCUGCCGUACCGUCGAUAUGCGAGCUCGUGACAACAAAUCAGAACUUGGAGUACCUGAACCUAGGUCACUGCCCGAUCACACCGCCAGAGCUGCGAAAGAUUGACGCCGCUGUGCUGACAGGUUCCCUGCUGUACUACAGCGCGGAAUCGAUCCUUCCUGAUCCGAAAGAGAAGUACCCAACAUUCAACCCUUCGGCGGAUCAUAUGAUGCCAGAAAUGCACUCAUGGUCGGUGCCGACCAAAGAUGACAAAGCCUUGAAGAAAGCUGUCAACAACCAUCUUGAGGCAAAUGUUAAGACCAUAUACGGCGACGGCAUGAGCUAUGCCAAGUUCCUUGACGAGGAGAAAAGAUGGAUCGUAAAUGACAAGACUGACGUGCGCAAAAUCGACUCGGUGUACCGCAACCGGGACGCUGGCCAUGCUCGACGCAGACUGCAGGUCCUGGUCAAAGACUGGGAAGAGAACGACAACACGCUCGCCCGCGUAAUGAAUGCCAAGGGACCGUUCUCCACCACGCGAAAAUACUGA